AUACGCAGUAGUCGCAAAUCUACGUACGGAGCGAACACAAUGUUUACGGAGCUUCUAUUACUGAUAACCAGUUUAGUGACCGUGUUCAUUAUCUGGCAGAAGCGAACCCAUACCUAUUGGCAACGCAAUGGGGUCAAAUGUAUCAAACCGCUGCCCAUCGUAGGCAAUGUGAAAGCUUUCCUUACUGGAAAGGUGAACUUCUUUGAGCAGAUGAGUUUGCUUCACACGGCCAAAGGAUUUGAGAACGAACCUUUGAUCGGUGUCUAUUUGCUUAGGGGUCCCGCCAUACUUGUACGUGAUCUUGACCUCAUCAAGACUAUAAUGAUUAAGAAGUUCAAUUACUUUGUGAAUCGAGCUCUUCAAACUGAUCCACAUCGCGACCCCCUCGGCUAUAACAAUCUAUUCUUCGUCCGCAGUCCGGAAUGGAAGGGUCUUCGCAACAAGAUUUCGCCUGUGUUUACCAGCGGCAAGAUCAAGCAAAUGUAUCCACUCAUGUUGGAAAUUGGCAAAGAUCUGGAAUCGAACAUUCAAAAAGUGCCCACUGAUUCUGAGAUUCGGAUUAAGGAUACUUGUGCGCGGUUUACCACAGAUCUUAUAGCAACUAUCGCUUUUGGCGUGAAAGCGAAUUCUCUUAGCAAUAUAAAAAGUGAAUUCUUUAAUUAUAAUAUGGCAAUCUUUGAAUUGUGCUGGCAACGCGCUUUGGAUCUUGGCAUUAUCUUCAUGCUACCCGCUUUGGCUUCCAUAGCUCGUGUCAAGUUGUUCUCGAAGAAAACGAGCGAUUUCUUCUUUCGAACCAUUUCUUAUGUUUUAUCGGAGCGUGAGAAAUCUGGAGUGCAUCGCAAUGAUUUAAUUGAUGUUCUGUUGGCUAUGAAACAAGAAGCAGCUGCUCAAUCAGAAAAGGGAGAGAAAGCUCUCAAAUUGGACUAUUUGGUGGCUCAAGCUGCUCUAUUUCAGACAGCAGGCUUUGAGACUAGCUCAUCUACCAUGACCAUGUCACUUUAUGAAUUGGCACUCAAUAACAAAUUGCAAGAUCGAUUGCGGGCAGAGGUCAAGGAAUACUUUGGUGAUGAAGAUCACAUCAGCUAUGAGCGUUUGCAGGAAAUGCCCUACCUUAGUCAAGUUGUCAAUGAGACUUUGAGAAAGUAUCCCAUUGUCGGCUAUGCUGAGAGGGAAUGCUUGCAACCCGAGUCCGGAGAAAAGUUUUCGUUGAAACCAUACUACGAUCUGGAGGUACCCAGUGGCAUGCCCUUCUAUGUGUCCACUCUGGCUAUACAUCGAGAUGAAAAGUACUGGCCAGAUCCGGAUAAGUACGAUCCCGAACGCUUUGCUCCGGAAAAUCGUGACAAUAUCAAUAUGGAUGCCUAUAUGCCAUUUGGCAUUGGUCCUCGGAAUUGCAUUGGCAUGAGACUUGGUCUUCUGCAAACUAAGUUGGGUCUGGUUCACUUGUUGCGCAAUCACAAAGUGCUCAAGUGUGAUAAGACGGUGGAGUCGAUCAAAUUCCAGCCAUUAAGUCCCGUGUUGUCAUCCGAUGUGGACAUCUUGCUGCGAUUGCAACGUGAUUGAAUUGAUUCGAUUCAAUAAAUAUAGUUUAUUAUUUUGGUGAAAUAUUGCUUGGAUUGCUACCACUGUUACUGUCCCCAAACUUGGGGGCCCUUCUUACUUGCGUCCUUCACACGCCUACCAUCACCACCAUUGCUUUCGCCUUCAUCAGGACAACCACGAGAGCCGCCUAGUCCUCAUUUGGGUUUCGUGCCCGUUGCCAUCGUCAUCAUCAUCAACAUCAACAUCACAUCAACAUGAAGUCGUGGACUUUUGUGAAAUGGAACUUUCAACACCGGAAGCAGCGUGUUGCAUGUAUUUAUGUAGAUAUUAGCGCAGCGGCUAGACCGGCCUUC